AAGGUGAACCAUUCCCGUGGAUGCGUAGUAGCCACCAUUCAGAAAUUUGCCCCAAACUUUAAAACACCAAUAUGGCGACACAUUGAAACAAAUACAAUGCCAUCGUGUUGUAUAAAGAAUUGCAAAAGUCAUACAUUUUACACCGACAAAAAAAAUAUAACAUUCUUUAGAUUUCCAAAGGAAAAAGUGAUAUUAGAGAAAUGGAUAAAUGCUUGUGGAAAGAGUGAAGACAACACAAAAAUUAUUUCUGGAAGGAUACGCAGUCUUCAUUUUGAAGAUGACUGUUUUGUAAUGCGAUGGACACAGCCAAAAUCUGCUAAAACAUGUAUGAAACAAAUGAAACGACUCAAGGAGGGUUCUAUUCCCACAAAAAUGUUACUAUUAGAUAAAAGCAGGAAAAGAAGAAACAAAAAAGGAACAAUGUCAGAUAGUGAUCAUGUUUCUGUAAUGACAGGAAAAAUGUUAAACACCGAAACAUCUAAACAGCAAAUGAGCGAAUUAUCCACUUGUCUACAGAUUGAAUGUAUCGAGGAAAAUAUAUAUAGUGAAGAAGAUAAUUUUGAUAAACAGAACUCUCUUAUAUCAUUGAAUGACGUGCUAAGAGAAAAUGAGUACAUACUUGUAUUUUAAACUUACACAAUAGAAUUAGUGCGUAUGCUGA